UGUGCAAUCGAUUUUGGGUCAAAGAGACUACACCUACGAUUCUUCUACGAAUUUUGCUUUAUCUGAAAUGUCUUCAACACGGUUUUGAAUACUUGCUUUAUGGGUUGCUGUUCUAUUAACAGAUUGGAUAUGAAGAGAUUUCUCUCUAGUGAGCGAGAAGACGAAGGCCAUUUUGAGCAUCCCAAUGAAUAUACAGAAACAACCCAAGAUUGGCUUACCCCAGGACUCCAGGAUACGCAAGCAACCAAACAAUCCGACUGGCAAUCUCAUCAACUUGGUGAUAAAAUAGGCUGGAGAAUGAACACCUCAACGACACAAGAAGCUUGUCCAACAAAAACAUUUAUCCAUACCGAUAUGACGAGAAUGUCAGCUUUGAUAACGAGUUCAUUACCGGAGGAAGAUGGUAUCUUCAGAGCGAGACAAACGUCAGAAGAUAGAGAUUCUAACAGCAACUGCUCGUCCACUGAGAAUACUUACACAACAGACACUACGAGUAGCAGUUUUACAAUAAAGAAAAGGAAAAAGACAAAAGCAGAAAGAGAAGCUCGUCGAGUGAAUCCAGCUAUAUAUGCACCGUCAAUACGGCCGAGAUUUGUAAUAUGUAAAGGUAGGUAAGAGUGAUACCAAAUCUUCAAACGUUCCAAAUGACUUGUUCAGGUUGUAAAGAUGAGUUGUGGCCACCUAAUUGUCGAUAUCAUACUAGACACUGCGAAUUUGCUGCAAGAUUAGAAGCAAAAAGUAGGUCUUCUGCAGACCAAAAGGAUCAAGAAGACAAGAUUGCCGUAGAAAACCUCGUCAACGACGAGAAAUAACUUCACACCAAGACGAAUCCUGUAUGAAUAACAAAGUCUCUCUUCUUUUCCAAAUACUUGCAACUAGGACGUCAGAGAAUCUUACAUACUUGAAUAGCUCUUGCUACUUUACAAAUUUUGCAAGGUAGGUAGGUACGUCACACAAGUGCCAUUUCAAGAAGGAAGACAAAGAAAAAAAAUUUUGGAAAGCUAUUCCACGUCAAAGUGACUAGCAACUAUGUAACCAACGUCUUCACACUAGGUGCAGUGUAAAACCAACUCUACGUACUUUUAAAAGUCUCUCCUAGAAAAGCUUCUGAUACA